UCGAUCGAUCGAUCGAUAUUGAUAAAUCUCGCGUCAUCCAGUCCGUUCCGCGCAGCCAACCCGUCCGGUCGCAAACCGCACGCGCACACGCACACCGCUGCCCGAACGGAUCUAACUCGCCCAACAUGUAACCCGGCCGCACGAACAUGGUGCUAAUUAUCAUAUAUGCGCAGGUGUUGUUGCUGUGCGCGCGCGGAGCCGAACCGUUGAUCGUGUACUCCCGACCACCGCGAAACGACACGGCGAUGGCCACGGCCGCGAACGCGUCGUCGGAGGAGGAGUCAUCGAAGGCGGACGACGACGAGACCAUGGGCACGACGGCCACGGCCGCGGACGAGAUGACCGGCCGCCGGUACGCGGACAGCAGCAAGAGCAUGUCGUCGAAGGCCAACUACUACGGGGUGCAGUUCUACUCGCCGCCCGUCAUACACGGCGCGGCCGUCGACAUGUUCGGCCGGCAGCUGCACCACCAGCACCAGCGUCACCACCACCAUCAGCAGUACGCGCACCGCCAGCCGGCGGCCGCGUACCAUCAGCUGCGCCAUCACGGGCGGCCGGCGGCGUGGGGCGAGCCGACGGCCGCGUUGAUGCAGGACGGCGUGGCCGGCGGCGGUGGCGCGGCCGGUCCGUUACUGAUGAAUCCGCUGAUGGCCGCGUACGAGGACCCGUCAACCGCGCGGUACGCGCCGCUCAAGCAGAGGCAACAGCGGCCGCAGCCGGUGGCCAGGCUGAUCAAGUACACGGAACCGCCGCCCGUGACGUACCACCAGUUGCCGUUCAUAGCGGCCGAGACCAGCGACCGGACGCUGCUGGACAACCUGCCCGCGCUCCAGUUCGCGCUGCAGCACGCGGCCACGGGUAAGCCGCCACCGCCGCCCACCGCACCGGUCGCGACCGCCGCGCACCAGCAAUACGCGCUGCAACAGCACCAGGUGGUCAAGCAGCCGCAGUCGGUCGCGACCGCCGGCGGCGCGGCCGCGCUUCACCAGCUCUACCAGCCGCCGCAACCCCCGCCGCCCCAUCACCACCAGCACCAGAGGCUGUCGCACCAACCCAUGCCGUUGCCGUCGCAUCCCCACCGCCUGCUGCACCACGCUCCGCCGCCGCACCAACGUCACCGGUAUGCGGCUUACGGUGGCGGCAGCGGCGGCGGCACGCAAGUGCCGCGGUACACCCAAGUGCCGUUCCUGUACAACCUGCCGCCACCACCGGCUCAACGACCGUACGCCCCGUCCGAGUACGACCUGGUCACCCGAUUCAACCGAUUGCUCAAGGAACGCGAGCGGGACGACCGGCUAGACGACGGGACAGCCGUGGACGACGACGACGACGAGGAAACGACCACGCGGCCAGCGAAGAAGGCCAAGAGGAAGAAGAAGAAGAAGAAGAAGAAGCGGCCGUCCACCACUCCGGUGCCGCCGGCGCCCGUCGAGGAGGACCCGGAAGAGGAGGACGACAGGGACAAGCAUCAGCAACGAAAGCAGCACCAGCAACAGGACGACGAGCGGAUCGAGGACGAGCAGCCCGUAUCCGAGGAACAAGAGUCGCAGAACGUGCACACCAGCGAAAAGCUACCCGAAGGCACCGUCGUUCACGAGACCGAGGCCGAUUCGCCAAAUGAAGUAGACGGACCGUCUCAACUCAGCGAACAAUUCGGUGGUGAUUUGACCUUCGACGAAGCCGGCGGAGAGAGGGUUGAGUUCCAACUGCACGGCUUAGGCGGUCCCGAUUCGUAUAAAUUCGGAUUCGACACCGGUAAAGGGACGAACAGGCAGUUCAGAUACGAGGAAAGGGACUCCAGUGGAAACGUCCACGGCCAUUACGGGUACCUAGACAACGACGGGAAAAUGCAAGUGUACAACUACGGUUCGCAUCCGGAACUCGGUUUUCACUCGGAAAAGGCCGAAACCCCCGAGGCGUGAAUAAAACAUAUUACACGCGUACAUAUGGACCGCGUAUUGUUCGAUGCAAUACAAUAUCCGAAGUGUAACACGUCAUAAUGUAAAAUAUCGUACAGCGAGAGCUUAAAGAGCGAAUCGUAUGCAUGUCUUGGUCGAUCCAAAGACAAUCGUAAUAUACCCGUGUAAUUAUUAUUAUAAUUAUUAUUAUUAUUAUUAUUAUUAUUAAUUAUUAAUAUUAUUGUAA